CUAUUAUUCGAUUUGGUGAUGGAGAAUUUUGAGUACCCCAUAACAAUUUUUUUUAUUUUUUAUUCACUUUCUCAACUUAUUUAUAAUUUUACUCCACGCAUUAUUCCCACUAUUAUAACAUUAUUACAAAUAUAUCGCAUUUUUACACCCAUCUUCAAACAUUUAAAAUUUUUGGAUUUUGUAAGAAUAAAAGUCCAACUUGACAUCCAUCUAUGACUAUGACCAUGACCAUCGGGGACUGACGAGGAAAUUUUGUUAAUGGCGAGGGCAAAAUCGGAAACCGAAAGAACUGACGGUUGAAACGAAACAAAUUUGCCGCCAGGAAUCAAAGUCAAUAUUCUGUGAAAUUACUAUGCUACCCUUUCUCUUCUUUCCCUUACCCUUUAUAUCUCCCUCUUUGCUUAGGUCACAACUUCCUCGGGUUCUCUCUCUCUCUCUCUUCAAUUUCCACUUCAAAGUUCAAACACAGACACAAAAUUAUAUUCACAAUUGCUCUACCACCUCCCUUCAUUUAAAGCCCCCUUUCCACCAAGCUAAAGAGAAUUCCACAAAAUCCCCUUUUUCAUCAAGUUUUUUCCUUCAAGUUUCCUCAAGAAUCUAUUCCAUCUUCCCCACACCAAAAAAAGAGCACAAAAGAGAGAAUCCCUUUUCCCAUUUUUGCACAUACUAUACAUACAACCCAUCAAAAUUUGAUCUUUCAAAAUGGGUGUUUCCGAAAAGCUCCAUUCCAUGGAUAGUGGAGCUGUGGAUGCAGAAAAAUGGGUCAUUUCCGCCGGAAUCGCUCUCCGGAGCUCGUUGAAGCCGGUUUUCACCAAGCCGGCGGAGAGGCCCGACGCCGACGAGGAUUUUCCGACGACCCCGACUUACGCGGAGUCGAGAAUUCCGGCGAGAUUGCCGUGCCCGCCCGCCCCUAAGAAGCGGAAACCGGCGCCGGCGCCGAGAUCGUCUUGCCGAGCGAGAGAGUUUUUCAACCCUCCCGAUUUGGAGACGAUCUUCAUACGAAGAGUUGAGGGUUCCUAACUUAUAACCAAAUCGAAACGAGUCGAGUCGAGUCGAAUAGUAGUAAUUAAAAGUAGUUGAAUUGAUUAAGUAUAAGCUAUAACUCAAUGUUGCCCUUUUCUAUUUUUUUUUUAGGAAGGAUUUUUAGGUUAGUUUGUAGAUUCUUGAUCUCGCAUGUUUUAAUUAUGGGUAACUUUGUAAUAGAUCGAUAUUUUGUGGUGUAAAUCAGCCUAUGUUGUAAGAAAAAUAAGAUGGCAAAGGGCAAUCUAACUAGCUUAUUGUUACCAA